UCAAAUCGCAAAAUGUCGGAAGAGAAAAAGGAGCAGAUUAUUACGGAAGAAGAGAUGAAGAAACACUACUACUGGUACAUGUUUUACUACAAUCCUGAUGAUUCGCGCGUGAUCGUCCCCAAGCGCUGUAAAUGGUGCGGAUGGACUGUGAAUCUUGGAAAUAAGAAGGGCCAGUUUUUGUUCGGUGCCAUUAUGGCUGCAGUUGUGAGUUCUCUCAUCUAUUGUAAGAACAAUGAUGUGAAGUGUUCCUACUCUUUCACCGAUUUGUAUGAGAUGGUGAAGAAACCAUUCAGCGCCUAAGUGAUUCGUUCAUCUA